AUUUGACCGGGACUGGAAGAAGAUAGAAUCGUUUGUCGGGACCAAAUCGGCGAUUCAGAUUAGGAGCCAUGCGCAGAAGUACUUUCUCAAAGUUCAGAAGAACGGCACGGGAGAGCACGUACCCCCGCCGAGGCCGAAGCGGAAAUCCACGCAGCCGUACCCUCAGAAGGCCAGCAGCUCAAAAUCAGGAG